CGCCUGCGCGUCCCCCUUUCCUUUUCCCCCCUCCUCCCCGCCGUACUUUUGGCGGAGAGAGGAGACAUUUGCUCUUCCUCCUCCUCCUCUCUCUCUCUCUUUCCUCCUCGCUCCCCAAGAUGGCGGCCUGGGGAAGGAGGCGCGCCGGGCAAGGCAGCUCCGCCGCCGCCGCUGCAGCCGCUGGUCCCCGGGAGAGGGUCAGCCUGUCAGCCACAGACUGUUACAUCGUUCAUGAAAUCUACAAUGGGGAGAACGCUCAGGACCAGUUUGAAUAUGAGCUGGAACAAGCCUUGGAGGCCCAAUACAAAUACAUUGUGAUUGAGCCGACACGCAUUGGGGACGAGACGGCCCGCUGGAUCACGGUCGGGAACUGCCUGCACAAGACGUCGGUGCUGGCUGGCACGGCCUGCCUUUUCACCCCACUGGCCCUCCCAGCAGAUUAUUCCCAUUACAUCUCCUUGCCGGCCGGCGUGCUGAGCAUAGCCUGCUGCACCCUGUAUGGGAUCUCCUGGCAGUUUGAUCCCUGUUGCAAGUACCAAGUGGAGUAUAAUGCUUAUAAACUCUCCCGCCUGCCCCUGCAUACACUCACCUCCUCCACUCCGGUGGUUCUGGUGAGGAAGGAUGACCUGCACAGAAAGAGACUGCAUAACACGAUAGCACUGGCUGCCCUGGUGUACUGUGUAAAGAAGAUUUAUGAACUCUACGCCGUAUGAUUGCAGCAGGCGAAGGAGAAACAACCUGCAAAGACAGAAAGCGUAUUAAAGACUCCCACAGUUAACAUCCAACUUUUCCUCUUGAAGUGGCAGUGCCUGGGAAAGCAGUUUGGUUUAGUUUCAUUUUGUUUUUGGUUAUUUCUCAAAUAAACACAUGUCACUGGGGGCAUCAAGGGAAUUUUCCAGUUCUUUCUUACACCUCGGGACAUGGAUCUGCAGUGAAACGGAACGCUGUGGGAGCCAAAGUAAUGGAAUGUCAAUGAAAGGAAACAAUACAAGGAGGGGAGGGGUGUUAGCUUUCUUUCUUUCUUUUUCUUCUUUUGAGGAAACCUUUAAGUAUAUUGUUUAAUUGUAUUCUACAGAAGCAGCUCAAAAUGAUCACUGACCAUUCAUUAAAGGAUGAGAAUUUCAAA